AUGAAGUUAUCACUCAUCAUUCAACUGUGCAUGAUAUUGUCAUGCCUCGCUAUCCUCUGUGAUCCAGCUAUUGCUGAUGCGCCAAGUAUAUUCAGUUACUUUGCCAUUGAAUGGGGAUCGCCCAACACUUACUACUAUGCCAGACACAACCUUACGAGUGGAGAGGACUUGUUGACACAACAGUUCCAGAGUUGGAAUGAAAUCAACCCAUUGCAUCCCAGUGUUGCCAACACAGACGUUGUCCAAUACUUUAGCUCAACAAAUGAUGUAUCCAACUUCCCCGUCGUCUGCUCCUAUAAUAUCAAGAGCAACAGCGUCACGCAGGACCUCAUUGGUACUGGCUUCAACUAUGGAUAUGGCUAUGAGCCUCUGUCUCAACUUCGCUUGGUUGGCACUGACAAUGUGAUGUAUGGCAUGGGACAAGACCAGAACACCAACCUGGCCAUGCUGAAAUAUGACUUCAAAGAGCAGACUCUCCAGUUUUAUCCAUUGCCCACCAAGAUGAUCAGCUAUCUCUUUCAGUGUUACAUGGAUGCACCAAGCAACAUCUUUUAUGUCCUGUUUGUAAAGGGCCAGACCUUCAACAUCUGGCUCAUGAAUGGCAUUGAUGGUACAACGAUCUCGUCACACGUCAUCACGGUGGCCGAGCCACUCCAGACCUACGACGAGUCAGGUGUGGUAUACCUCUCCGUCUACCAGAACAAGGCAUACGUCGGCCUUGGCAACCUUGACUACGUGGCGGCAUCCCAACAGUACCUGUUCGAGGUUGACCUCACGGCCAAUACUGCAAAGGUCAUCUUUGUCCAGCCCAACUUCUUCGUGCAGUCGAGCGAUACAGGAGGCUUUCUGCUCGACCCUAUCAAUGGAUACAUGUUGGCCGUGCUCACCAACCAGCCCAAUGUAAAGGACAGUGCAUAUUUCUGGAUGAUCAAUCUGCAGACAAAGGGCGCCGUGCAAUACCCCAAUCCAUACCCAAUGCCAGGCGAGACCCAUUGUAUAUAUUAUCUUGAA